CUGCCGCAUUCAGGUGUUUUCUUGCUCUAAUAUUUUCGAUCAUCAGUAAAACAGGAAAUUGAAAUGUUGAGCUCAGUCUGUAGUGCGCUUUCCGUCUUUCUAGACGUCUUCGACGUGCGUUGCUCGUGUCAAGUGUUUGCGCAGGCCUUAAUUGUUUAGCGACAUUUAUCCUGGGAUUCCGUCGCCAAUUUUAAUCAGUUACCGCUGCUGUUGUCACUGAGGCGCUGCUGCCAUCAUUAAACUUCGUUCUUUAAAGUUGAUUAAUUCCUGCCACAGUUAACUGUUUCAUUCCCGAAAUGGAUCUUGGCCAGCUAAACGAUGACCAGAAGGCGGUUUUGAAACAGUUUCGCGAGGCGGUCAAGGACUGCACACCCCCGCACUCGGACGAUGUUUACCUGUUGCGCUGGCUAAUCGCCCGUGAUUUUGAUUUGGCCAAAUCUGAGAAGAUGUUCCGGAAUUCGAUGGAAUGGCGUCGCAAGUACAAAAUCGAGACGCUGGAAGAAGACUAUAAAACGCCGGAAGUUUUGACCAAGUACUACUCCGCCGGCCACGUAGGCGUGGACAAGCUCAGCAGUUACCUGAUGGUGGUGCGAUACGGAGCGACGGAUUUAAAGGGCAUUCUGCAAUCGGUCAAGAAGAAGGACUACGUGAUGCACGUCAUCGAACUGGUGGAGAGGGGCAUCAGAACUGUUAGAAAUAAUCAAGCAAAAUACAAGCGACGCCCCGACGCCAUCAACCAGGCUUGCGUUAUCAUGGACAUGGCCGGAUUCUCAAUGCGCCACAUUACCUACAAACCAGCUCUGGAAACCGCUCUGCAAUUAGUCCAGUUUUACGAGGCCAACUACCCGGAAUUUCUUCGUCGUGUCUUUGUCAUCAAUGCGCCCAAGAUUUUUUCGCUCCUCUACUCGAUGAUCAAACCGUUCAUGCACGAGAAGACCAGGAAUAAAGUUCAAAUUUACAGCUACGAUUCCGCUCAGUGGCAAGCAGCUCUUUUGGAAGACAUUGAUCCUGAAGAGUUGCCUGCUUGCUACGGCGGAACUAAGACCGAUCCUGACGGAAAUCCUAACUGCGUUACCAUGGUCAAUAUGGGAGGAGAAGUUCCGCGAUCCUAUUAUCUAAACAGCAAACCUGAUACGAACUACAAGAAGUAUUUGUCGAUUGCUAACGGAUCCAAGGAGCAAUUACAAUUUCAAGUUAAGGACGCUAAUACCCUCCUAAAAUGGGACUUCCAAUCAGAAGAGGGUGACAUUGGAUUCGCCGUGUACCGGAAGAAAAGCGGCGAAUUGAUUCCUGUCGUCCCUUAUGACCGAGUCGAUUGUCAAAUGUCACCGGAAGAAGGAGAAAUUCAUUGUGAAUAUGCUGGCCACUAUGUGCUGGAAUUCGACAACAGCUUCAGCUACUUCCGCUCAAAGAAGAUUUGGUAUUCGAUUACGAUGGAGUCAAGCAAAGGGGUCUGUGAGAACGGCAACUAAUUUGAAUUAAAGUCCGAAUUUGAUUCAGUGACACUGGUGGAGCUGAAAAGUGACUAAAAGGAAUAACAAAUAGUGAUAAUUAGAUAUUAGUUUAGAAUCGCUUACAAAUUCGCACGACACUAACGCAAUCAUUAUUAAAAAAUACAUGUAUAUAUGUUACGUAUAUGUUACAUACGCGCGGGCAUGCAAGUCUAGAAAUAAACUGGAACAAUAUCAGUAAGAUAUCA